ACAGAUGGAGAAAACGGAAGUAGAACGGCGUCGGAAAGAACGCGAACGAAUGAAACGCAAAUCAGUCAUCGGUCGAGGAGAUCUUGACAUAGUUGCUACGUUCAACCAUAAUCAUGUUGUUAACCCAGAACAGCUUCGGUUUCGAGAACAUCGACCGUUGGAUGAUCGAAGAGGCGAGGUUAUUAUCACGGUUGAGAAUGAAGUUUGCGAAAAUGUUGUCGAGGUUGGAACUGAGGUGACCAGCCUUGAUGAAGGGUAUGAUUAUGCACUGGCAAUGGUUGAUCGUGAAACUGGAGCUGUGACAUACAAGCCUGUCCGACUAUAUGAUUUCGAAGCAACAUAUUCCUCCGAUGUUCGACAACUUCUUGGCGAAAAAAGGCCUCCUCCGGUGGACUAUGGGGCCAGCUAUGAUAUUAAGACUGAGGAUUGGGCAAAAAGACGUAUGGAUCUCACGGCUGAUUUUGGUUCGUCUAAGAAAAUGAAGAUUCAGGAGGCCGCAAUUAGGCGACAGAUCAAUACGGAGACAUUAGAUGCUAUGAGAAAAACUGCAUUUGCUUCUACCAGUGUACUUGCUGAGCCGGAAGAUAUCAAGAAAGAGCAAAUUAGUUUGGUUGCCAAGCCCGAAUCAGCAAUUCUUCCACAUGCACAACAAGCUGAGUUACCUCGUAACAUUUAUCCCUUAUCCCUGUUUGUAUCGGCGGAGGAGAUCACUCAGUUUGCCGAAGCAACGCUUGAGUUUCUUUCGACCCCGAAGAAGCAACUGGUUGAGAAAGGUUUCCCUGAAGUUGUCUUGAAAAUGAUGCCUUUGAGUGCCUUCAAAGAUACAUCUUUGGGAGUACCGUUCGCGUUGCUGGGCUGUAUGACUUAUAUGUCUGCCUUGUUCUCAAGGAAAUCAAUUCUGAAGAAGGAAUUCGAAGAAAUUCCUUUUCCUGAAGCAUUUGUUCAGAAAGUGAUGGCGGAAUACGUCUCUGCCCAGUUUGAUCGAGGAGUGAAUGGACGACAAGCUGCACGUUUAGCUGUGUCUUCAUUAGAAAAGGAUAAACUUGUGGCGCAUCUACUCGCUUUAGGUCUUACGCUGAGUCCCGCGUGUUCGCUCCCGAUCACUCCAUGGCAGGUUGCUUUGAGGACUAAUCCUCGCUUUUUAGAGAAGAUGCUGACGGGUCUCGGAUGUGAAAUAAUUCAAUGCAAUGUGGAGGAAGCUGCAAGGACAGAAUCACUGCGAGCAGCACGUCUUCUUCGACCACCAUCAAAUGAGAUACCUAAGUCACGCAAGAGGAGGAGAUGAGAAUGUGCUACAUAAUGGAC